CCGUUCGCCGCCGCUGAGCCCGAACGCCCCCCAUGGCGCUGCGUUUGGCCGCCCGCCUGUCGCGCCUGGCCCGGAGCGGUGUCCGGUGCGGGGGCACCGGGCCCCCUCCCGCACAGGGUGAGUGCCGGGGGGCACGGGGCGAGAGGCUGGAGCGGGUGGACAGCAGCUACCGCUCGGUGCUCAGCGUGCAGUCCUCCCUCGUCAUGUACCCCCUCUGGGCCUACGGGACCCCCGCCCAGCGCCAGCGCUUCCUGCCCCGCCUCGCUCGGGGGGAGAUCGUGGGGUGCUUCGGGCUGACGGAGCCCAACCACGGGAGCGACCCGGGGCGGAUGGAGACGCGGGCACGGCACAACCCCGACGCCGGCACCUACACCCUGCGCGGGUCCAAGACUUGGAUCACCAAUUCGCCCAUAGCCGACCUGUGCUUGGUGUGGGCCCGGUGCGAGGAGGACGGGCGGGUCCGGGGCUUCCUGGUGGAGCGCGGGACCCCCGGGCUCAGCACCCCCAAAAUCGAGGGCAAGUUCUCCCUGCGCGCCUCGACCACCGGGAUGAUCCUCCUGGAUGACGUGGAGGUGCCCGAGGAGAACGUGCUGCCCAACGCCGAGGGGCUGGCGGGCCCCUUCGGCUGCCUGACCCAGGCACGGUACGGCAUCGCCUGGGGCGCGCUGGGCGCCGCCGAGGCCUGUCUGGAGACGGUGCGGCAAUACGUGCUGGACAGGAAGCAGUUUGGGGGCCCGCUGGCCCGGAACCAGCUGGUGCAGAAGAAGCUGGCGGACAUGGUGACGGAGAUCACGCUGGGGCUCCACGCCUGCCUGCGCCUCGGCCGCCUCAAGGACGAGGGCAGGGCCGCCCCCGAGAUGGUGUCGAUGCUGAAGCGGAACUCGUGCGGGAAGGCGCUGGGCAUCGCGAGGGACGCGCGGGACAUGCUGGGGGGCAACGGGAUCUGCGACGAGUUCCACGUGAUCCGGCACCUCAUGAACCUCGAGGCCGUCAACACCUACGAGGGUACCCACGACAUCCACGCGCUGAUCCUGGGCCGCGCCAUCACCGGCAUCCAGGCCUUUGCCCCGGCAAAGGGGACGUAGCGGGCACGGUGGGGACGUGGUGGCACCGGUGGCACCGACGGGGACCGGGUCUGCUCCUCGUGAGGAGAUGGCGGCGCUGACCGAACCCGGUGUCACCAACCGGACCCAGGUACCCCCAGAAGAGAUCCAGUGUCACUGACGGGACCUUGUGUCACCAGCCAGGCCUCAGUGUCACCAAUGGGACUCAAUGUCACCCCAAACAAAUCUCGUGUCACUGGCGGGACCCGGUGUCACCAAGCACAUCUUGUGUCAUUGAUGGGACCCAGUGCCACCGACCAAACCUCCUGUCACCAACGGGACUCAGUGUCACCAACAGGACUCGGUGUCACUCAGGGGACCCCACAGGUGCUGGGCCCCGUGUCCGGUGCCAUCUCGGUGCCUUUGCCAGUCCUGUGGCCAAUAAACGGUGGGACAGCCCCUCCAUGCCAGC